AUGUCUCUCUGGCGCUUCUUCGGGCUUGCAAGCUUAGUUAGCUCCGCCAUCGCAGCGACUCCUGCACAAUGGCGCACUCGGUCUAUCUAUUUCAUGCUCACUGAUCGAUUUGCACGGACUGAUGGCUCUACGACUGCUACCUGCGAUACGAAUAAUGGGGUUUAUUGUGGUGGUUCAUGGCAGGGAAUCAUCAACCAGCUGGAUUAUAUCCAAGGCAUGGGUUUUACUGCCAUUUGGAUCACGCCUGUCACUAAGCAGCUUUCUCAGCAUACGGCUGAUGGAGAGGCGUACCAUGGCUACUGGCAACAGGAUAUCUACUCUGUCAACUCAAAUUAUGGCACGGCAGAUGAUCUAAAAUCUCUGGCUUCGGCUCUUCAUGAUCGCGACAUGUACCUCAUGGUCGACGUCGUGACCAACCAUAUGGGCUAUGCUGGAGCUGGAGAUACAGUGGACUACAGCGUCUUCACUCCAUUCAACUCCAAGGAUUAUUUCCACUCUUACUGUGAGAUCACUGACUACAGCAAUCUGACCAUGGUGGAAAAAUGCUGGGAAGGGGAUACAAUUGUUUCUUUGCCUGAUCUCAACACUGAGUCCACCACUGUGCAGACUAUCUGGAACGACUGGAUUACGGAUCUGGUUUCUAAUUAUUCCAUCGACGGUCUGCGCAUCGAUUCUGCUAUGGAAGUUCAGAAGGACUUCUGGGCUGGUUUCGAGUCUGCCGCUGGAGUCUAUUGUGUCGGCGAGGUAGACAAUGGUGACCCAGCAUUGGUUUGUCCAUACCAAAAGGUCUUGGAUGGCGUUCUCGACUACCCGAUGUACUAUCCCCUCCUCCGAGCUUUCGAAUCCACCAGUGGAAGCAUCAGUGAUCUCUACGACAUGAUCAACACGGUUAAAUCCGACUGUUCGGACUCUACCCUCCUAGGAACCUUUAUUGAAAAUCACGAUAAUCCCCGUUUCGCUUCAUACACCGAAGAUAUGUCGCUAGCCAAGAACGUGGCCGCUUUCACAAUCAUGUCAGAUGGUAUCCCAAUCAUCUAUGCCGGACAAGAACAGCAUUAUAACGGCGGCAGCGAUCCUUACAACCGUGAAGCUACUUGGUUAUCGGGAUACAAUACCAGUAGCGAGUUAUACAGACUCAUCGCACAAACUAAUGCUGUCCGGAAUAAGGCGAUUUACCAAGCUGAGAAUUACAUCACUUACAAGAAUUACCCCAUCUACAAAGAUGAUACUACCUUGGCAAUGCGAAAAGGCUAUAACGGAACGCAGACUAUCACUGUUCUCUCCAAUCUUGGUGAGGGUGGAAGUAAAUACACUCUCUCGCUGUCGGGCACAGGCUUUGUGGCUGGUUUAGCUGUCACUGAAAUCUUCACUUGCUCUAGUAUCACCGUUGAUGACAGUGGUGUUGUUGCUGUUCCUAUGAGUGGUGGAGAGCCGCGGAUUCUAUAUCCUACUUCUGAGCUCAGUGGAUCCACUCUUUGUUCAUAG